CGCCACCUGGGGCGGCGCGGGCCCCGGUGCCGCGAGCCGGGUGCCCGGGCGGCGCGGAGAGCCGGCGCGAUGCACGUGCGCUCGCUGCGCGCCGCGGCGCCCCCCAGCUUCGUGGCGCUCUGGGCGCCCCUGUUUCUGCUGCGCUCCGCCCUGGCCGACUUCAGCCUGGACAACGAGGUGCACUCGAGUUUCAUCCACCGGCGCCUCCGCAGCCAGGAGCGGCGGGAGAUGCAGCGCGAGAUUCUCUCCAUCUUGGGCUUGCCCCACCGCCCGCGCCCCCACCUCCAGGGCAAGCACAACUCGGCGCCCAUGUUCAUGCUGGACCUAUACAAUGCCAUGGCGGUGGAGGAAGGCGGCGGGCCCGACGGCCAGGGCUUCUCCUACCCCUACAAGGCCGUCUUCAGUACCCAGGGCCCCCCUCUGGCCAGCCUGCAAGAUAGCCACUUCCUCACCGAUGCCGACAUGGUCAUGAGCUUCGUCAACCUCGUGGAGCACGACAAAGAGUUCUUGCACCCGCGCUACCACCAUCGGGAGUUCCGGUUCGAUCUUUCCAAGAUUCCGGAAGGGGAAGCCGUGACCGCGGCCGAGUUCCGGAUCUUCAAGGACUACAUCCGGGAACGCUUGGAUAACGAGACGUUCCGGAUCAGCGUUUACCAGGUGCUGCAGGAGCACUUGGGCAGGGAAUCGGACCUGUUUCUGCUCGACAGCCGCACCCUCUGGGCGUCGGAGGAGGGCUGGCUGGUGUUCGACAUCACGGCCACCAGCAACCACUGGGUGGUCAACCCGCGGCACAACCUGGGGCUGCAGCUUUCGGUGGAGACUCUGGAUGGGCAGAGCAUCAACCCCAAGCUGGCGGGCCUGGUCGGGCGGCACGGGCCCCAGGACAAGCAGCCCUUCAUGGUGGCCUUCUUCAAGGCCACGGAGGUCCACCUGCGCAGCGUGCGGUCCGCGGGGGGCAAGCAGCGCAGCCAGAACCGCUCCAAGACGCCCAAGAGCCAGGAGGCGCUGAGGAUGGCCAACGUGGCAGAAAACAGCAGCAGUGACCAGAGGCAGGCCUGUAAGAAGCACGAGCUCUACGUCAGCUUCCGCGACCUGGGCUGGCAGGACUGGAUCAUCGCCCCCGAGGGCUACGCCGCGUACUACUGCGAGGGGGAGUGCGCCUUCCCGCUGAACUCCUACAUGAACGCCACCAACCACGCCAUCGUGCAGACGCUGGUCCACUUCAUAAACCCAGAAACCGUGCCUAAGCCCUGCUGUGCUCCGACCCAGCUCAACGCCAUCUCGGUCCUCUACUUCGACGACAGCUCCAAUGUCAUCCUGAAGAAAUACAGAAACAUGGUUGUCCGGGCCUGUGGCUGCCACUAGCACCCCCUGCAAGUCAGUUUGGGGCCAUGUUUUCCUGGAUCCUUGGUCUCUCACAGCCGAGAUGUCCCACCAUCCAAAGUCUCCCACUGCCCAAGUUCUCCCACUGUCUAAGGUCUCCCACUGUCUUAAAUCUCUCACCGUCCAAGGUCUCCCAUCGUCCAAGGUCUCCCACCAUCUAAAGUCUGUCACCGUCCAAGGUCUCCCAUUGUUCAAGGUCUCCAACCGUCCAAGGUCUCCCACCACUCAAGGUCUCCCACUGUCCAAGGUCUCCCACUGUUUGAAGUCUCUGUCCAUCCAAGGUCUCCCAUUGUCCAAGGUCUCCCACUGCCCAGGGUCUCCCACUGUCUCAAGUCUAUCACCCAUCGUACAAGGUCUCCCACUGUCCAAGGUCUCUCACCACCCAAGGUCUCCCACCAUCCAAGGUCUCUCACCAUCCAAAGUCUCUCACCAUCCAAGGUCUCCCAUCGUCCAAGGUCUCCCACUGUCCAAGGUCUCCCACCAUCUGAGGUCUGUCUGAGGUCUCCCACCGUCUGAAGUCUCUCACCAUCCAAGGUCUCCCAUCGUCCAAGGUCUCCCACUGUCCAAGGUCUCCUACCAUCCAAGGAUUCCCACCACCCAAGCUCUCCCACUGUCUAAGGUCUCCCACUGUCCAAGGUCUCCCACCACCCAAAGUCUCUCACCAUCCAAGGUCUCCCACCAUCCAAGGAUUCCCACUGCCCAAGAUCUCCCACUGUCUAAGGUCUCCCACUGCCUGAAGUCUCUCACCAUCUAAAGUCUCUUACCAUCCAAGGUCUCCCACCGUCCAAGGUCUCUCACCAUCCAAGGUCUUUCACCGCCCAAGGUCUCCCAGCCUUGUCAAGGAGCCAGCAGACCAACCACAUCUUGUGAGACCUUCCCUUCCCUGACCCCAACUAUAAAGGUGUAGGAGUAUUAAGGAAUUCAAGAGGCAAAUAGCUUUUGAUCCAUUUUUCAUCAGCAUUCUAUGGACAGGAUCCUACAAGCUGCUGCAGGCAAAACCUAGCAGGAAAUGUAUAUAUAAAGAAAAAAGUUGCCUGGCCGCAGCCACUGCCUGCGAAGCUCGGCCGUGCACUGACUCAUUUCCAGAGGUGAUUACGAAUGCCCUUCAGCCGGGCCACCCAGCAGAGGAGGGAAGGGGGCGCUGCCAGGGGCGGGCACAUCGUGUCUGUGUGAAAGGAAAACUGAUGUGGAAGUUCCUGUAAUAAAUGUCACAAUAAAACGAAUGAAUGCAAAUGGUUAGAAUGCUACAGAUAUACUUUCCUAAACAAUUGAUCCCCAUUUAUUGGUUUACUCUUAAUUUCAUAAACAGAAGCAGUGGCUGGUGGCGGGCGGGAAGGCCUCUGCUCCAUUCCAGUUUCACUCCCAGGCUCGCAGAGACCAGCGUUUACCUAGACUUGCCCAGAUCCAAGAUUUGGGGGGACAGGAAUUUCAGCUUGCAGGAGGGGGUUUGUUGACCUUGAAGGAAAAAUAUGUUCCAUCCUUCAGCUAGGUGUGCAGUGGGGGCAGAAAUUAAAAUAGGUUCACAAAGUGAAACACUAGCAGAUGUUUGAGAAUGGCUUUUCCAGCAACCCCAUGGCGGGACAUCCAUGUGAAAUGGCAGAGUAAACAGGACUGAACCUCUAACUUGAGGUUCAACUCUGGCAAACACUGGCCCCAUGUUAAGAUGCUCUCAAGAGGGAUGGGGUGGGGAGGUGCGCUGCCAACCCCCAAAGGGGAUCCCUCUGUUUUUUCAUUGGUAGCAGCAUUCCAAAGACUGGAUUCUGGCAAAGGCCGGAACAAUUAGGGGGCUCUGCAAAUGAAUCUGCUCUUUGAAGUAAGGGAGAGACGGCUCAGUGGGAGGUGUGCCAAGUGCUGGGUGUGCUGGACACAAUUCCCAAAUGGAAGGAUCUGGAAACUGCUUUAAGGGUGACGUUCUAACGAAGUGCCCUCGCUUGGAGGUGCCAUUUGCAGUACAGCUCUGGGCAUGAACCUCCCUUGCUGUAGCUGGUGGGUUCCUCAAGUGGUGGGUACCCAGUCUCCACCUGCAAACUCAGGCCCUUGGGCUCGCAAGCCCCAGCUUGCUGGGAGGCCGUGGGCAGUGUGUAAACACAUCCUGUCUCUGUGACCACGUGGAAUCCAGACACAUGAAGAACCAUCUCCCCGUCUGGACUAAGUUGCCUCCUGGAACCACUGGGGCCCUGUUUUUAUUUCCUUUUAUUUUUUCUUUUUCAGUAGCUUGGGCUGCAGCCUCCGCUCUGCCUCAUCAGUGGGGAAGAAUGGCUUUUUUGUUAUUGUUGUGUGGGGUUUUUUUUUGUUGUUUUGUUUUGUUUUGUUUUGUUUUUGGCAACUCAGACUAUUUUGUGUGACUCCACUUGGGGAAAGUUUUCUCACCAUUUACACCCUGACCAGCCACCAGUUAGUAUCAUUUGUACGCUUAAACAUGUAAAUGGUUGUUACGAAAGAAAAAAAAGUAUUUAUUUCCAUCUGAAGCUCUUUUUAAACCCUUUGUGCCUUGUUCAGGAUGAUGAGCUCUCUUUCAUUCAACCUGUUUUCUUAUUUAAGACUAUUUAUUAACCACCGGCUUGAUGUAUCCACGGCUGUUGUGCAGGGCAGUCACUGGUGAACAUUUUGUGUAAAUAGACCAAAUAAAAAGAAUUUUGAGCUUGCAAUAAAGGAGACAUUUGGUUCUUGGGC